AGUAUCAAAGUGUGAAUGGUGUAUUUUAUUUCAGGGGCUUUUUUGGUCACGUAUGGAGUUGCUAUGAUCACAUGCGGAAUUCCGUUAUUCUUUCAAGAAAUUGCUGUAGGACAAUACUUAGGUUCUGGUGGUUUGACUUUUGUUGGACAACUGGCCCCUUUAUUUAAGGGUGUAGGAUUUGCCGCCAUGACAAUUGUGUUCUUCCUAGAUAUUUAUUAUUGCGUCAUUAUAGCAUGGACAUUAUAUUAUAUUUUAAGUGCUUUUGUAGCUAUGCCGGACAUUCCCUGGCGAUAUUGUGGUAAUACUUGGAAUACUAUAAACUGCUCCUCUAUUGAAAGUUCUGCAACUAAUAUAGCAAAUAACACAAAAACUCCGGUGGAAGAAUUUUUUGACCGUAAUGUACUUGGUAUAACGGGAGGAAUUGAGGAUGUUGGAGGUAUACAGUGGAAGCUACUAGUUUGCCUAAUUUUUGGAUGGACUUUUAUCUAUAUUGUUAUAAGAAACGGUUUACAUCAAAGUGGAAAGAUAAUUUGGUUUACGGCACUUUUCCCAUAUGUCGUACUUUUUAUACUUUUAAUACGUGCGAUUACGUUGGAUGGAGCUAUGGAUGGCAUGUAUCAUUUUAUUAUUCCACGUUGGGAAGAAUUACUUAAGCCUGAACCAUGGUUAGAAGGUGCUACCCAGAUUUUCUUCGCUUAUAACAUUGGUUGUGCCGCUCUACCCGUUCUUGGUUCAUAUAAUAGUUUUCAUCAUAACUUUUACAAGGACGCAUUCAUCACAUGUAUAGUUAACACCCUGACAUCAAUUGUGGCAGGAUGCGUUACUUUCAGUAUUCUUGGUUAUCUCGCUUUAGAAAAGGGUACGACUGUACCGGAAGUGGUGACAAGUGGACCAGGACUCGUAUUCUUAACAUACCCGGAAGUUGUAUUAAAAUUGCCGUGGUCAAUGCUUUGGACAUUAUUGUUCUUCUUUAUGCUACUAGUGUUGGGUUUAGAUUGUGGAUUUUGUCUAGUGGAGGCCUUUAUAGCGGGCAUUCUCGACAAUUGGUCUGAAACCCUCAGGCCCCACAAAGAAGUUUUUAGAGUUGUAGUUUGCUUUAUAAUGUUUCUGCUAGGCAUUCCAAUGAUCAUGCAGGGCGGCAUGUACGUUUUCCAAUUAAUGGAUUACUAUUCUGCCAGUGGUAUGUCACUGCUUUGGGUAUGUUUCUUUCAAACAGUGGCAAUAUCGUGGGUUUUUGGAACCAAUAGGUUGUCAGACUGCGUCGAGCAGAUGUUAGGAUUUCGACCAGGAAAGUUUUGGACAAUAUGCUGGCAGUAUUUCGCCCCAUUCGUUAUGAUAAUUAUUUUCGUUGCUCAGUGUUUUCAGUUCCAACCACUUACGUAUGGUGAUUCAUAUGAGUAUCCAUGGUGGGCAAAGAUAAUAGGUUUCGGUUUAAGUUUUUCGUCGAUGAUGUGGAUUCCUUUUUACGCGAUUUUUUAUUUACUAAAAAGACCUGGAACGAUUUGGGAGAAUUUAAAGGAAGGACUAAAACCGGACAUCAAACUGAGAAGACUUUCAAUGCGAACUAAAGAUAAAAUACUUAUUUCGGAAAGUACAGUUGUCGAUUUUUAAUACAGCAUAUUCGAUUUAAUAUUAUGGCUGUUAUUAAAUAUUUUAUACAGUGAUAGAUAUACAUAUAUUUUCAUAUUACUGAGAUAUAGUAUUGUGUGAUACUACAUUACUGUUAAGCUUAUUAAAUUAUUUUACUAUGUUUCAAAACUAAAUAAAAACACAUGAAU